CUUCCAGUCUGAGCCACCUGUAGUAGCCUGGUGGACAACACGUCUGUGCUGCACCGUUAUAUUCACUGUUACAACGUUACACGAGACUUCAUCACCGGCUCCCUCAGAAGAACCGGAGACUUGAACCAUGUUUCUCAACUGUCUGCGGGUCGCGUGUCUCCUGGCUGCUGUCAGCAGAGGAACGACAGAAGAUAAUACCACCACAAAUAGUUUCAUCAAUGAGACAUCCACCACUCCUGCAACCUCUUACACAACUGUAACAACAAGCAGCAACACAACAACAACCAGUUUUACAUCGCCAUUCACUACAGAGAACUUCACAGCUUCAAUUACAACUAGAGAAAAUGACACGACAGAAUAUACAACUGCGAAACCAUCCAUCACCCACGAAGAGACAACUUUCUCCUAUUCAAGCACCGACUCCAGGAUUACUACAGAAACAGUCAACAGCACCAUAACUGACUUCACUGGCAGCUCAACUGAAAAUCCAUCAGUUCCACCCACUGCUGCAACACCGUCCACCAUAAACCCAGAGACAAGCCACCCCACCAACGACAGUGAGACUGCAAAUGCCACCACCACACCUGCCCCAGGUCACACACAGACCAGCAAUCACACAUCAACUACAAGUACACCAUUCACACACACUAGCAACGACGCAACUAUAAGUACACCGAUCACACAAACGAACAACGACGCAACUAUAAGUACACCGAUCACACAAACGAACAAUGACACAACUGUUAGUACACCGAUCGCACAAACAAACAACGACACAACUGUUAGUACACCGAUCACACAAACGAACAACGACACAACUAUUAGUACACCGAUCACACAAACAAACAACAACACAACUAUAUUUACACCGGUCACACAAACGAACAACGACACAACUAUUAGUACACCGGUCACACAAACAAACAAUGACACAACUGUCAGUACACCGAUCGCACAAACAAACAACGACACAACUGUAUUUACACCGAUCACACAAACAAACAAUGACACAACUAUAUUUACACCGAUCACACAAACAAACAAUGACACAACUAUAAGUACACCGAUCGCACAAACAAUCAACGACACAACUGUUAGUACACCGAUCGCACAAACAAACAACGACACAACUGUCAGUACACCGAUCGCACAAACAAACAACGACACAACUGUCAGUACACCGAUCGCACAAACAAACAACGACACAACUGUCAGUACACCGAUCGCACAAACAAACAACGACACAACUGUCAGUACACCGAUCGCACAAACAAACAACGACACAACUGUCAGUACACCGAUCGCACAAACAAACAACGACACAACUGUCAGUACACCGAUCGCACAAACAAACAACGACACAACUGUUAGUACACCGAUCACACAAACAAACGACACAACUGUUAGUACACCGAUCACACAAACAAACGACACAACUGUUAGUACACCGAUCACACAAACAAACAACGACACAACUGUUAGUACACCGAUCACACAAACAAACAACGACACAACUGUUAGUACACCGAUCACACAAACAAACAAUGACACAACUACUGUUACAGCCAUGACACAGCCGAGCAACAGCACAACAGCUCCAGCUCCCACAAACACACAAACCAGCAACAACACAACAACUACAAAUCCUGUCACACCAGAAAACUCUACAGCUGUACUAACUACAGCUACACCUACAAACUCUAACUCCACCUCCAGCUCUGUCCCUCCACACACUUUCCCAGGCAGUAGCACCGCACCCCCCACUGGAAAUACCACCACCCUUAGUCCCUCAGCAACAACCCCAGGAGUGACCGGCCACAGUACACAAAUCACCACUUUGACUCAUUCAACUGAACCAGCUACUGGCAAUGGGACCAUCCCUUUGACCACCCUGAGGCCAACAGAGAUGACCACUCACAACUCCACCACAACAGCCCCACCCACCCCGAGUCCACCAGUCACUGUGUGUCCUUUCGUCCCGUGCCCAUCUGAAAGCAUCUGUCUCAAUGGCACUUGUCAGUGUAUCUCUGGUAGCUUCCUGCAGGAUGGUGCCUGUACAACUGCUCAAGUGUUCUCAGGUGAUCUUCAUUUGACGUCCUUGACAUUUCAACCUGAAAUGAGCAACAGGUCCUCGGCGAUAUUCCAGAUGACGGCGGCUGACAUCUCAUCAGCGCUCAAAGAUGCCCUCAAAAAUCAGCCGGGGUAUAUACAAUCUGAUGUUGUGCAACUUCAACCAGGAAGUGUACAAGCAACUGUGAAUAACAUCUUUAAAAACACCAACGCCACUCAAGAGUCUGUUGAUCAAGCCAUUGGUGAAGCUAUAGCCAACUCAGCCUCCAAUGGAUUAUUGAUUAAUGCUACAUUUAAAUGUAAUAACCUGUGUGAGCAGGAGCCGUUACCUUGUGAUGUCUCCACUGCAGUGUGCAAAAUUACAGAUGGCAAGCCUGUUUGUUCCUGCAAAGAUGGCUACAUCUCCAACAUAUAUUCAGAGAAAAUCUGCAGAGCUUGUCCAAGUGGGCAGAGGUCGGUGGGAGACACGUGCCAACCUUGUGCAUUUGGAUACAGUGGCUUCAAUUGCAAUGACUCAUCUCUGCUGGCAGUGGUGGUCAUCUCCUGUGUGCUGGGAGGAGUUCUUCUCAUCCUGAUCCUGGCUUUGCUAAUAUACUGCUGCUGGAGGAGAUCCUCAAAGAGCAAGCCAGACGACAGCAGCAGUCCGUACUCAUCAGGUGACUUAAACCAGCCCUGGCCCACAGGCAUCACCCCCAUCCCUCGUGCCACCACUAACUGGGAAUCAGCUCCUUCCAUGGAGAUGACAGAGGGGGGCAGCACUCGAACCUUGGUGGACAAAAAGCAUCAAAGCAAUGGAUUGGGGUUUCAACCGAAGCAGAGAGGAUGGAAAAAGUCCGGAUCGUACGAUCUCGAUCCAGAUGCAAUGAAGACCUUCAAAGGUAAAAAUCCGUCCCGUUACUCCUACCUGGUUCAAGGCCAUGAGAACCCCUACUUCUUACCAGGGGAUGAGAAGAAAAACUGACAUCUGGCCAUCUGGGGGUGAAAUCCAUGUAGUGAGAGUGAGUGAGAAACGAUGGAUCAAAAAGAAGUCACUGAUUGGAAACUCAACCAGGACCAGGUUAUUUAUACUUUUUUGAACUUGCUUGGAUUCACGGCAAAUCACAAAGAACAUUCCUUAACUGGGAAGCAGCCACCAAAGAGAUUCAUUCAUGAGCAGGAACAUUUUUUUUAAAGUGAGAUUGUACAUCAUGUCUGUUCUUGCUCAUUAUAACCAGUAGAUGUCACUGUUGCUCAAUAUAAUCUACAUAAAUGUCCUCCUGUUUUUUUUCAAAAGUACAUUUGACUUUUUUAUGCUUUAAAGAAAUCAUUUUGUAGUCUUUUAAAAUGAAGCUUCUUAUAUUGCUAAUUGCACUAAGUGUGUGUUACGUUUACCACCUGUUUCUUCUGAAAUCAACAGUAAAUUGAAUGUGGGCUUUCUGGGGCUACUAGAUAUUUUUUUUCAGGAUAUGAUUAUUUUUACGACGAUAAAUCUUGAAUGACUAACGGGGCUGGAUCCCUGGUUCGGGGUAUUUUUAAAGGGAUUUAUAUUGUAGCUGUCUGAAGCUGAGUACUUUCUGUAUUAUUUGAAGCUGUACUUGCAAAAUGUGCCUGUUAUUAUGGUCUGAUGACAUAUAGGAAACAUUAUGCAAAGCUGGUGAUAAAGCCUGCCUCCUGGAUGUGCCAAUUAUCACUUGUAUACAUUUCUUCUAAGAACAUAUAUAUAUAUAUAUAUAUAUAUAUAUAUAUAUUUAUCCUUGUGUGUCAGAGACUGUGCACUAUUUUAUAAGUGUGUAAAGUUUUUGUAAAUAAUUUUGGCAGAGAAUGUUUGAGUGUGUGUAUGCAAUGGAAAUAAAUUACUUUAAAUAAAGCUUUGUGUCAGAUCA